AGAUCUUACAGCUGUAGACCUUCAGAACUGAAUCAUGCCGGCUAAAGCUCCCAUUAAAAAAGCCCCUGCUAAAGCCCCUCAAACCAAGGCACCUGCAGCCCCUGAACCAGUUCCAGAAGCCCCUGCUGCUGCCCCAGAAGUACCUGCUCCACCUCCAGAGACUCUAGCUGCUGAUGUAGCUGCUCCAGUUGCUGAGGUUCCUGCCCCAGUGGCCGAAGAAGCUACUCCAGUUGCUGAGGUACCUGCCCCAGCUGCAGAGGUACCUGCCCCAGCUGCAGAGGUACCUGCCCCAGCUCCUCAACCAGAAGUUCCAGAAGCCCCAAAACAAGAGCCUCCUAGUGCACCUAAAGAUCUGACGGUGGAUGAUGUUGACGACACCUCUCUAUCUCUGAAGUGGAAGGCUCCUGAUCAGGAAGGAACAGCUGCCCUGGAUGGAUACCUCGUGGAAUACCAAAAGGAAGGCAGUAAUGACUGGAUUGCUGUAAACAAGGAGCCUAGCGUUUCUUCCCGCUACAAAAUCACAGAUCUGAAUACAGGAGAUAAGAUUACAGUUCGUGUCACAGCAGUUAGCAAAGCUGGCAGCAGCCCACCUACCACCCUAGAAAACUUUGUCCAAGUUCGAGAAAUUGUGGAUCGCCCCAAAAUUCGUCUGCCAAGGUACCUGCGUCAAACGUUUGUGAAGCAUGUUGGAGAAGCUGUCAAUUUAGUGAUUCCAUUUCAGGGAAAACCAAGACCUCAGGUUCAUUGGUUUAGAGACGGGCAGCCUCUAGACCCUAAACGUGCAAGUGUCAGAAACAGUGAUAGUGAUACAAUUAUUUUCAUCCGUAAUGCUGAGCGCAAGGAUUCCGGAACAUAUGAAGUGGUUGUACAAAUAGACAGCCUGGACGAUAAAGCCAAGUUUGAAAUCAAAAUAGCUGAACGCCCUGGUCCUCCAAAAAGUGUUACGCUGGUAGAUUCAUGGGGUUUUAAUGCAGCUCUUCAAUGGACACCACCACUUGAUGAUGGGAAUUCAGAAAUUACAGGCUAUACUAUACAGAAAUCAGAUAAGAAAACUGGGGAAUGGUUUACUGUCCUUGAGCAUUACCACCAGACAAACUGCACCGUCUCAGAUCUUAUCAUCGGAAACUCCUAUUUCUUUAGAGUAUUCUCAGAAAACUUAUGUGGAUUAAGCGAGAAAGCUACUGUAACUAAAGAUUGUGCUCUAAUUAAAAAAACAGGAAUUACUUAUACAACUCCUGAAUAUAAGGAGAAGGAUUUUGGAGAAGCUCCUAAGUUUACCCAGCAGCUCAGCAAUCGAUCAAGCACUACUGGAUACAGUACAAAACUAUUUUGUUGUGUGCGUGGCAGUCCAAAGCCUAAAAUUGUUUGGAUGAAAAAUCAGAUGGAAAUUAGAGAAGACCCUAAAUAUCGGUCACUUGUAAAUCAUGGAGUUUGCUCACUUGAAAUCCGCAAACCCAGCACUUUUGACGGAGGAGUGUACACCUGUAAAGCUAUCAAUCCUUUAGGAGAAGCAACUGUAGACUGCAGACUUGAUAUAAAAGCGCCACCACAAUAACCAGUUGGAUUCCAGAACAAAAUUGGAUAUCGUGUGCCUUUUGAUUCAUCUUCAAUCAAGAAUGUGAUAUUAACUAUAAAAUACCAAAUUACAAAAAUUGCAAUGUUUAUAAAUAGUUUAUGGUUAAAAUAUGACAAUUAUUUGCCUGUUUAAACUGCACUACAAAGUUUUCCUGUUUUCCCUUUUUGAGCUCUACAAAUAAAUACAUGUUUGGCACACUA